AGACAGUAACCUUUAACAUGAUAGGGGAAAAAGGGGGAUAGGACCCUCCUGUCCGGUGUGUGAAGGAAGUGUCAGUCCCUGGGUCGAGACAAGCUGCAGUUUUGCCAUCGUCUGCUCCUGUUAAGUAAACACCCCAGCGCGCUGACUCCUGACUGAGAGAUGCACUAAUUGUGGCCGCCCCAGUGCUGAGGAUGCUGCAGGUGGGGCGGGGGCUGGUUGUGGGCUGUGUUAGAGGAGUUGGGGGACGACUGCCACUGCCAUCAGCCACCUUGCCCAGUCAGGGUGUGGGGGUGCUAGUGGCAGGAUUGAGGUGGACACCACACUCAUGGAGAACUCCAGAGAGUCAGGAGUCCCAGGCAGAAUCUCUGGAUGUGCCACACCUUCUCAACAAAGCCACUGUGGACGGCAACCUGGAUAGUGCCUAUCAGGGCCUGCACACACUCUCCCAGUGGGUAUCAACGAACAAGAUCGACUUCCAGAAGGACGUGAAGGACGAGAAACAGUUUGGGAAAUUGAUUACCCUGAUAGACCGAGGCAGCAUCCGCAGUCCCCCGUCCUCCCUGCUGGCAGCCCUCAAGAGCCUCACCAAUAUGGGAGUGAGCAGCGACUCACACGUGGUGCAGUCCAUUGAGAACCAGCUCCUGUGGAACAUUAGGAAGGUGUCUUUCCCCAUCCUGCUGUCCAUCCUGCUGUACCACAUCAAGCACCAGAACUCCGAUAUGGAGAAGAAGGUGCUGCGUGAGGCAGUGGAGGCUGUGCAGCGACGGUGGGUGGAGGUAACCAAGGCCUCAGAGAUGGAGGUUCUGUACCUCCACCAGGAGCUCUUCUCUGCGGAGUUCAUGGGUCAUGUUGACGACCGCACCACAGAACUGGCAGCCGAGAUGAAUUACGAGGAACUGGCCAAGGUGUUCUGCGCUCUGGGGUCAGUGAGGCGCCGCGCCACACCUGUCAUCCGGAGCCUGGCCUUCCAUAUGGCACGCCAGGGAGAACCGCUGCCUCCCAAGAUGCUGAGUAACAUUCUGUUUGCUGCACAAGCCCUCACCUUCCCUGACCCUGUGCUGCUGGAGAAGGUGGCUGCAGAUCUGGCUCCUCAGAUCCCACAGAUUGACAAACCCAUCCUGAUUGGUGGCAUACUCUUCUGUGCCGGCCAGCUACGUUGGCGGUGUCCAGUGCUGCUGGAGGCCCUAGCAGAGUGGGUGGAGAAGAAUGCUUCGGCCUGUCCCUCACAGACCCUAGCAGCCCUCAUGCUCACCCUGGCCACCGUCUCUUAUAUCCCUAAUGACAUAGAUUCUCUCUUUAGAGUGGUGUUGCCGCGCCUCAGCCAAGAGUCACUGAGUCGCACUUCGGUCUGGCUGGAUGUGGUAUGGGCGCUGGUGGUGCUGGGGAAGGCAGAUGCCCAGCAUGUGGCCUCCGUUCUGAAUCCAACCUUUGUGGCAGCAGUGAUGGCCAGUGAGGCACAGCACCGGCCUGGUGUGAGGCUCAAGCUGUUGAACGUGGAUGCUGCAGCAGGGCUGCUCAUUCCAGGCUACUCAGGACCCCGCAUGGAGACCGAAGAAUUGGGGGCAGCGGCCAUGCCGGUGCGGGGCAGGGAGGAGCUGCGGCUGUCCCGACAUGUGCUGGGCACUCUGCACAAUCUGGUACCACCGCCUCGCUUCCUGCUGCAGAACCUUCCUGCCCCCAUGGGUGUGCACGUGGAUGGUGAGCUGCUGACGGACCGGCAGGGGCGACCCCUUCCUAUCCAGGACCAUGGGGGUGCGCUGACGGGGAAAGGGCCUGUCUCUCCACCCCCAGAGGGGGCUGUGAGGUUAGGGCUGCUGGUGUGGGGUUUCAGGGACUAUACUAAUGGCACUCAGGAGCUGGUGGGCAGUGCCCGUCUGGCAGUGCGCCUGCUGGAGGCCCAGGGGUGCCGAGCCCUCCAGGUGCCCUAUUUUGAGUACAGCAUCAAGGCUAAAACUCUAAAGAAUGCUAAAUACCUGGAGGCCAAGAUAAAGGAGGUUGUCUCCACGGUAAGUUAGUACUGUGGCUGCUGCUGCUACUGUUGUCCUGUGUACAUAAUGAGUUAUCUUUGUGAUCAUGAUGACCUAGAAGGUUUUAAUAAAAUAAUUCUUUA